AUGUGCAUAGGAAUAGAAUUUUCAGAUGAAAUUGGUAGUGGUGCUAGGGGCGAUAUUGCCAUAGUGCAUGAAAAGUGCCUGACGCCGAGAAAGAAAUGGGGGCUGUUCUUUCUGGCACCAAUGCUACCAAAAAAGAUAUGUGAAGAAGGUGCCAUUAAAACUUGGUUAAAGCUUGCACCAAAAAGAUAUAAAACAAAAUAUUCGUAUAUCUUUUUUAUCCUCAGUUGUAGUAGUAGAAGACAGUGUCACAAAGUGAUGGAACUCUAAGAAAGUUAUUAGUGAGCAUCACUCAUUAGACAUGUUUGAAAGCAAGUACAACAAAUACUUAAUAAAAUGAAUGCCUCUCAGGUUGUGUGAGACAUUUAGAGCAAGAUUUUGACAAUAGUGAUAAUAUUGAACAUAUUGAACAAGAUCUAUGCUUCACCUAUAUGCGAGGUAGAUGUAGAUUCUUCACAACUAUGCGGCUCUAAGGACCCAAGAAUACAUCAAUGUUUAAUCUGAUGCUCACAAAACGAU